UUUAACCUAUAAUGAAUACACCAGAUGAAAACACAUUGAACACUAAACCUAUAAUGAACACUAAACCUAUAAUGAAAACACCAGAUGAACUUGAGGCAUCCUUCAUACAACUAUUUAAAGAUUACACCAAAGCAGCAGCAGCUUGUAGUGAGGAGAAGAAUGAUUGUGAAAAGAAACUUAUAAAAGUAAUCAAAUAUUUCAGAAAUCUCAAAAUACUUUAUAGUACUGUUCGUCAUUUAUUUCCUCAGGUUAUAGAUCUUAAGGAGGCUGUUCCAUUGAUGAUUAAUUUAUUGAAAGAUGAUAAAUGCGGGAAGCGUUUAGCUAGUAGUAUUCUUUGGACAUUCGAAGAGCUAACUCAUGUGGCUUAUGAAGUUCCUAGUCAGAAGGAACAAGUUGCCAAAUUGGUUAAAUCUCUAUUUGAAAUGGAAGCCUUACAAGUGUUUGUUUCUACUCUUGGUAAGUUUUAUGAAGAUGAUGAUUUACGAGAAGUACAAACUAUUGCGCAAAUGUGUUUUCACGGAGGAUCAGCUGUAGCAACAACCGCGGGCAGUAACAGCAAACUGAUGAAUUGGGUGUUUGAAGCAAUUACAGAUUCAUGGGAGUACUAUGCAUGUUAAAGAAGAAAUUGAAGAACGUCUUAUAUCGCUAAUCGAAUCGUUA